AUGACGUCCUCGGUUAUGACGACUCAAGAUGAGCUCGUUGCUCUCUUCCAACAACAUCUCUCUUUACAUCAUAAUUCCAUAAAUGUUCAUCCGAAGGUAGAAGAAAAAUCAGAGGAGCCCAUCAUAUACUCCAUCUCCCAACACUAUCAUCACUCUGCGCACCUAGCUCCUGAGCCAUCUAAUGAGCCUCCACUAACGGAGAAAUCCUCGACUGAAAUGAUUCUUCUGAAAAAAGGUGUUGAUACCCGUUCACUUUAUCCUUCGCAACUUGAACUCUUUGAAACAGCUACAAUUGCUCAGCAAAAGCGUCUAAUCGAACUCUGGCAAAUAUGUCGGCCAGACCUUCAGAGUUUAACGCUUGAACAAAAUAGAUGGGCAGAAAAAGUUAUCCAAGAAGAACAUAAGUCUAAUCUGCUGUACGAAAGUCACAUGAUUGAAAAAUUUACUCACGACGAUCAUGAUCAUUGUAUGGAUAGUGAUAUGAGUGAUUGUAGCACAAACUCACCCGUUAUUCCCACAUACUUUCAGCAAAAAAACUGGGAUUCGAGUCAUACGGCUGAGCCAUAUAUCACAUCUGGAUAUGGUAUUGAUUCUCAAGUCGAUUCUACGAAUAAUGUAGCCUCUAGAGAUGAUACUUCAAAGUUUGGUACAAUUUUAGAUGCCUCUCAAUAUACUCAUGCAACAGAUCCUGUAUACAACAAAGCGGGUAGUUUCUUGAGAGAAAAUAUCUCGACUAUAUAUCAACGAGAGCAAGAGCAACGGAGUCAAUACGACGCAUUUCAAAAAUAUAACAACUACAAUUUAAUAACAAGUAUGGGUGAAGAUGAGGAAAUGCUUUAA